CCGUGAUUACUCAAUUUUGAGUAACCACCCUAACCUAUUCCCAAUAACUUUAACCAUUAGUUCACCACAUCAAUAUAAACAUAAAUACAAAUACAAAUUUUAAAAAAUAAAUUAUUCAAUAUUUUUACUUUCAUUAUUUCAAGACUUGAGGACCUAAUUCGUCUUAGAAAAACUUAUUAAGGACCUAAUUGUAUAACUUAAUUGACCAAAUAUUAACAUUUCAGUGAUUUCACAACUCACAAGUCACAAGCCAGCGGAAGCCAUUAACUCCAUUCUCCGGCUCAGCCGAACAAAGCACCCUUCUCCUCCGACCUCCGGAGCCACUUUCUUCCUCUCAGCUCACCUUUUUCAUUUAAUACGCUACCUAUCCGAAGCCGGUGCUACAGCUGCUCCGUCAGCGCCGAGUCCCGCCGCCAUUCCCACCCUGCAGUUGUGCUGCUCUAACCCUAAAAUUUCCUUCAAGAAAGUAGAAACCCGUAAUUGCUUCCGAUUGACCAACGGGGUCAUCGUGGUAGCUCUUCGAAGUUCGAACGUUCACCGGCCGGUCCAGCUAUCAAUCAGCUUAAUUUUAUCGUCGCCGAUCUUGUUAUCAACAGCUCAUUGAGAUUUUUUGCUCCAAGUGAGUCAAAUUGAGCUGCAAACUUCUGUUUUCCCUUCUUUACCUUUCCUUGGAUUCAACAGGUGGCGUAUCAGAAGGUGCCUAGCAAUCAGCUGCUAAUUCAGUCUUGCGGUUACUGACGACUUGUCUCCACAUUGGUGACUUAUGGGUCCUCUGGCUGAUAACUCUGCCGAUGGUUCAGUGACAAACAUGGAGCAGUUUCUUUGCGAACGUUUAGUUGACCCCUCCCAGCCAAUAUCUGAAAGGUUCAGGGUCCUCUUUUCGCUUCGUAACCUCAAAGGUCCGGGACCUCGGGCCGCUCUUAUUCGAGCAACAAGGGACUCCUCAAAUCUGUUGGCACACGAGGCUGCAUUUGCAUUAGGCCAAAUGCAAGACUCUGAGGCUAUCCCGGCUCUGGAAGCAGUUCUAAAUGAUCUCUCUUUGCACCCAAUUGUUCGCCAUGAGGCUGCAGAAGCCCUUGGUGCAAUUGGUUUGGAGAGUAAUAUACCACUUCUAAAGAGAAGUUUGGUCUUAGAUCCAGCUCAGGAGGUCAGAGAAACUUGUGAACUAGCUCUCAACAGAAUUCAAGAGAUGAAUGCUACAAAUGGUGCUGAUCAAUCAGCUGUAAUGGAGAAGUCACCCUUUUUGUCAGUUGAUCCAGCUGCACCAGCUUCCUCUUGUUCUUCUGUCAAUGAGCUCAGGGAAGUUCUUCUCGAUGAAGAAAAAGCCAUGUAUGAACGAUAUGGCGCUCUUUUCGCACUACGUAACCAUGGUGGGGAUGAAGCCAUUUCUGCUAUAAUAGAUUCAUUGCAGUCAAAGAGUGCCCUGCUUAAGCACGAGGUUGCUUAUGUUUUGGGCCAGUUACAGAACAAAGCUACUUCAGCCGCACUUAGCUCUGUACUGAGGGAUGAACACGAACAUCCAAUGGUCAGACACGAGGCUGCUGAAGCUCUUGGUUCUAUUGCUGAUGAUAAAAGCAUCCAACUUCUGGAGGAAUUCUCAAAGGACCCCGAGCCUAUCGUCUCACAGAGCUGUGAAGUUGCCCUAAGCAUGCUAGAAUAUGAAAGAUCCGGGAAAUCGUUCGAGUACCUUUUCAUGCGAGAUCCACUAGCACAGGCGUAAACUAGACGUGCAUGUUCCUGCAAAUUUACAGAGCUGCUCAACCUCAAAGAGUUAGUAGUCCUUGAAUGAAGCAGUCGAUACAGAAAAGCGCCUAACUUUUACCGUCGAGGAUUAGGUGUUGCUUUAAGUUUGAUAUGAACAGUCAAUAUCAUAAACAUAUUAACUUUACAUAUUUAAAGCUUAAACAGUCUAAUACUAGCUAGAAUUGGAAAAACCGAGAUCGGCAAAGACCAUUUUAGAUUUUUAGUUUCUUCUGUUUGUUCGUAUCGCUCUACUUCUUUUUUUUUUUUUUUUUUAGGGGAGUAUCGCUCUACCCUUGAUAUCAACUAUAUGAGAUUUUUGUCUGGAUGGAUGAGUGGCUGGUUGCGUACACAUUGUGUCGAUAAUGAUAAAAGACCAAUGACUGAACUUCUGGAACUAUACAUGGAAGUGAGAAAACCCAACAUUAUUUAACUCCAGACGUGUAAUGGAGCAUUGUCUUCUCAGAAACAAUGAGAACAAGAACGAAUAUAAUCACGAUUAGAACUGGAUCGGCACUGUAUAUGAAUUGAUUGGUU